GUGUGAGUCCCACGCUUAAAAAAAAAAAAGUCAUACCAAAGUCAGGAUACGACGCCGUAUCCUUGUUGCAGGAAUGAACAGUGUCAUUCCUGCAACAUGAUUCUUAUAUUUCCCAUAAAUGAAUAGUAUAUUAUCCACAAACUAGGCACAAUUUUCUUGUUGGAAAUGGGAAACAUAAGAACCUUAGCUGCAGAGUUUCUCUCUGCUUUUCUCUUGCUUUGUUUCUAUGGCACAUUAGUUUGUGCUGCUAAAUACAUAAAUUAUAAUACUGGAGCUGGUGUUGUGCAAGGAAAAUUGAAUGUUCACCUAGUUGCACAUUCCCACGAUGAUGUUGGUUGGUUGAAGACUAUUGAUCAGUACUAUGUUGGAUCAAACAAUACUAUUCAGGUGGCAUGUGUUCAGAAUGUGCUGGACUCAGUGGUUGUGUCCCUUCAGAAAGAUCCAAAUAGAAAGUUUGUGUUUGCUGAGAUGGCGUUUUUCCAUCGAUGGUGGGUAGAACAAAGUCCACAAACACAAGAACAAGUGAAAAAGCUUGUGGAUGCUGGGCAGCUAGAAUUCGUAAAUGGUGGUUGGUGUAUGCACGAUGAAGCCACGUGCCACUACAUAGACAUGAUUGAUCAAACAAGUCUGGGUCAUCGCUUCCUAAAGGAACAGUUUAACAAGACCCCUCGUGCUGGAUGGCAGAUUGAUCCAUUUGGACACUCUGCUGUUCAGGCUUACCUAUUAGGCGCUGAGCUUGGGUUUGAUUCUGUACAUUUCGCUAGGAUUGAUUAUCAAGACAGAGCUAAGCGCAAAGAUGAUAAGUCUCUUGAAGUUAUUUGGCGUGGGUCUAAGACAUUUGGUUCUUCAGCUCAGAUUUUUGCCAAUGCUUUUCCCGUUCAUUAUAGUGCUCCAAAUGGUUUUAAUUUCGAAGUCGAUAGAACUGACAUUGAUCCGUUACAGGAUGAUCCUCUUAUCUUCGAUUACAAUGUUGAACAGCGCGUCAAAGACUUUAUAGAUGCAGCUACUACCCAAGCAAAUGUGACGAGGACAAACCAUAUCAUGUGGACAAUGGGUGAUGAUUUCCAGUACCAAUAUGCAGAGUCUUGGUUCAAGCAAAUGGAUAAAUUAAUACAUUAUGUUAACAAGGACGGUAGAGUGAAUGCCUUAUAUUCUACUCCAUCUAUUUAUACCAUUGCUAAAAAUGCUGCAAAUCAAUCUUGGCCGCUGAAAACUGAUGAUUACUUCCCGUAUGCUGAUGGAGCAAAUGCUUAUUGGACAGGCUUUUACACCAGUCGCCCAGCCUUAAAGAGAUAUGUUAGGAUGCUAAGUGGAUAUUAUUUGGCAACACGUCAACUUGAGUUUUUGGCUGGAAAGAAAUCAACUGGAUACCAUACUUUUGAUCUUGGAGAUGCUCUAGGAAUUGCACAGCACCAUGAUGCUGUCACUGGCACUGCCAAACAACAUACAACUAAUGACUAUGCCAAACGAUUGGCUCUUGGAGCAUCUAAGGCUGAAGCAGUUGUUAGUUCUUCUUUGGCUUGUCUUACUAGUAAGCAAUCAGGUUAUCAAUGUUCAGCACCUGCAUCGGCAUUUGCCCAGUGUCAAUUACUCAAUAUCAGUUACUGCCCUCCGACAGAAGGCAAUAUUCCAGAGGAUAAGAGUUUGGUAGUAGUGGUGUAUAACCCACUUGGAUGGAAUCGUACUGAUAUUGUCAGAAUACCUGUGAAUGAUGCUAAUGUUGUUGUCAAAGAUUCAUGGGGCAAUAACCUUGAAGCACAAUAUGUGGACGUGGAUGAUGUUACAACAAAUCUAAGAGAAUUAUACGUGAAGGCCUAUUUGGGACUGUCACCAAAACAAGCCCCCAAAUACUGGCUUCUGUUUCAGGUGUCAGUACCUCCACUUGGAUGGAGUACUUACUUCAUUUCUAAAGCAGCUGGUAAAGGUAAAGUUCCCAUCCCCCCACCCACACACACACACACCCAGAGAGAUACCAUUGACAUAGGGCCGGGAGAUUUAAAGAUGCGCUUUUCUUCAACUUCUGGACAACUCAAACGGAUGUAUAAUUCCAGAACUGGAGUUGAUAUACCAAUUCAGCAAAGCUUUCUCUGGUAUGGUUCCAGUGAUGAUACUCAGGCUUCUGGUGCAUAUAUAUUCAGGCCUAAUGGAUCUCCUCCAAAAAUUGUUUCAAGAUCAGUGCCCUUCAAGGUAAUCCACGGACCGCUUGUUCAUGAGGUUCAUCAGAAUUUUAGCUCUUGGAUUUACCAGGUUACUAGGCUUUACAAAGACAAAGACCAUGCUGAAAUUGAAUUCACUAUUGGUCCAAUUCCUACUGAUGAUGGAGUUGGAAAAGAGGUGAUCACACAAAUGACAGCAAAUAUGGCCACAAACAAGGAGUUUUACACUGAUUCUAAUGGAAGAGAUUUUCUGAAACGGGUUCGAGAUCAUAGGGAAGAUUGGCCCCUUCAAGUUACUCAACCUGUAGCAGGAAAUUAUUAUCCACUUAAUCUUGGAAUUUAUACUAAGGAUAAGAAAUCUGAAUUCUCAGUCUUAGUUGACCGUGCCACUGGUGGAGCCAGCAUUAAAGAUGGUGAGGUGGAACUGAUGCUUCAUAGGCGUAUUCUCAAUGAUGAUGGUCGAGGAGUAGGGGAAGCACUUGAUGAACAAGUUUGCGUGAAUGAUACAUGUGAAGGACUAACAGUCAGGGGAAAUUAUUAUAUCGGCAUCCACAAGCUUGGAGCUGGUUCACGCUGGCGCCGAACAACUGGUCAGGAAAUUUACUCACCACUUUUAUUGGCUUUCACACACGAGAACUUGGAAAAUUGGAAGUCCUCUCAUUUGACCAAAGGAACUGUCAUGGAUCCAAAUUACAGCUUGCCUCCCAAUGUUGCUCUGAUAACUCUUGAGGAGUUGAAUGGAGGAGUUGUGCUUCUCCGGUUGGCACAUCUAUAUGAGCCAAGUGAAGAUGCCAAGUAUUCAACUUUGACCAAAGUUGAACUGAAGAGGUUGUUUGCCACAAAAACGAUAAAGGACUUGAAGGAAGUUAGUUUAUCAGCUAACCAAGAGAAGUCAGAAAUGAAGAAGAUGACAUGGAAGGUUGAAGGGGACAAAGGGAAAGAACCUCAAGCAGUUAGGGGUGACCCUGUCAACAAUUCCGAUUUUGUUGUUGAGCUUGGUCCCAUGGAAAUACGGACUUUCCUGUUGAAAUUUUAAAUAAUACGGUCUCAAAUCAUCUUAAUUUUUUUCUUUAUGAUUAAUUUAUUUUAAUAUGUCCUUUAUUUUAAAUGGGUUCAUCUAGUACCUAUACGAACUAGUUUAUGCUAGAUAUAUAUGACUGUUGUCGUUGAUGUUCUUAACUGUCUGAAAUCAUCUUUGAUGAUUUUAUUUGAAGAAAUAAACAUG